GGUACACUGAAGCAAUAAACACACACCCCAGGAGCAGCUUACGGACUGUACACGCAGGGCGGCCAUCGCCUCAUGCGCCAGAGCGCCUCCGUGACAGAGGACGGAGCAGGCGGGACGUCAUGUACGCGGGGGACAGGGGACCCACCCGGGCCGACUCUAAAUUCCCCGGCCUCUCGGCGCCGCUCCCGGUACCCCAACCCCUGCCAUGCAGUCAUUCCCGGCCCUUCCCGCCGCGCCAUUCCUGCCGUCCCCUCACGGCCGGCCCCGCCCCGCCCCGCCCUCGCUCGCCAUUGGCCGCGGGCAGCGCGGGGGGCGGGGCGUGCCGCGGCACAGCCGGCGCCUGCGCGAUGCUCCUUCGCCCCCGCCGGACCGGCUUCCCGCUCGCGGGGCUGCGCUUCCGGGUCGGCUCGGGAGCUCGGCCGCGUCUGCCGGGGCCGCCGGGGAGCGGGGCCGCCGCCGCCGCCCGCAGCCGCGGGGGUCGUGGGGGGAGCGGCGGCAUUGCGCGGCAGGGCGGCGAGAGGGCCGCGGGGAGGCGGCGGCGGCGGCGGCCCCCUGCGAGGCCUGGUCUGGCCCGCCGCCGCCGCCGCUCGGCCGAUGCGCCCGGAGCCAUGGACAAGAUCCUGGAGGGGCUGGUGAGCUCCUCGCACCCGCUGCCGCUGAAGCGGGUGAUCGUGCGGCGCGUGGUGGAGUCGGCCGAGACGCCGCUGAGCCAGGCGCAGUGCCGCGCCAUGUUCGCGCUGGGCACCCGGCUGGUGCUGCAGGGCCCCGACCCCUUCCAGCGGCAGGUGGGGCGGCAGGUGCUGGACGCCUACGGCCGCUUCCACCGCGCCGAGUUCGAGGCGUUCUUCAACCGCGGGCUCGUCCUCGGCCUCCUGCAGCGAGGCUACGGCGAGCUGAGCAACCGCGACCCCGCCAUCCUCGACUACAUCCAGGCGGGGCUGCGGCUCAUCAUGAGCUGCCCGUCGGUGCUGGAGCUCUUCGAGCUGCUGCAGGUGGAGGCGCUGCGGCUGGUGUGCGAGCGGCCGGCGCCGCCGCUCUGCGCCCGCCUCUGCCAGCUGCUGGGCGACUUCCCGCAGUGCCUGCCCCGCGGCAGGAAGCUCUCGCUCGCCUUCUGCCAGCAGCUGGUGCGCAGCAUCGCCCACUUCCAGAGCCAGGGCACCCGCGAGGCCGAGCUGCGCCUCUACGUGUCGCAGGUAACGCAGGUCAGCGCGCUGCUCCGGAGCGUCUGGAAGGCCGAGCCCGACACGCUGCUGCCCUCGCUGCAGGAGCUGUUCGCUGUCAUCUCCGCCGCGGACACUUCGUUUGAGCCUUCUGUUGCACUGGCAAGUCUUGUGCAGCACAUACCAUUGCAGAUGAUUACAGUACUCAUCAGGAGCCUUACUACAGAUCCUAAUGUGAAAGAUACAAGUAUGACUCAAGCUCUGUGCAGAAUGAUUGACUGGCUGUCCUGGCCUCUGGCUCAGCACGUGGAAACAUGGGUGAUUGCACUGCUGAAAGGAUUGGCUGCAGUCCAGAAAUUUACCAUCCUCAUUGAUGUCACUCUACUUAAGAUCGAAUUGGUCUUUAAUCGACUUUGGUUUCCUCUAGUGAGGCCUGGUGCCCUUGCUGUCCUUUCCCACAUGUUACUUAGUUUCCAGCAUUCUCCAGAAGCUUUUCAUUUGAUUGUCCCACAUGUGGUCGGUUUGGUUCACUCCUUCAAAAGAGAUGGCUUGCCUUCCAGCACAGCCUUUUUGAUGCAGUUGACUGAGUUGAUACACUGUAUGAUGUAUCAUUAUUCAGGUUUUCCUGAGCUCUAUGAACCCAUUCUGGAAGCUAUUAAGGAUAUGCCCAAACCCACUGAAGAGAAGAUUAAGUUGAUCCUCAAUCAGAGUGCCUGGACUUCUCAAUCCAGUUCUUUGCCAUCUUGUUUAUCUAGACCUUCUGGAAAAUCUGAAACUGGGAAGACAGGCCUAAUAAAUCUAGGAAAUACUUGCUACAUGAACAGUGUUAUUCAGGCACUUUUUAUGGCUACAGAUUUCAGAAGACAUGUUUUAUCUCUGAAUCUAAAUGGCUGUAAUUCCCUAAUGAGAAAAUUACAGCAUCUUUUUGCAUUUUUGGCCCAUACCCAGAGGGAGGCAUAUGCUCCUACAAUUUUCUUUGAAGCUUCCAGACCGCCAUGGUUCACUCCUCGAUCCCAGCAGGAUUGUUCGGAAUAUCUCAGAUUCCUGCUAGACAGGUUGCAUGAAGAAGAGAGAACUUUGAAAGCAUUGUCUUCAGCCAAGAGUUCUGCAAGUAUUACGACUGACAAGUCCCAGGCACAAGAAACUGCCCAUAAAACACAAGGAUUUACUGAAGCAUCUUGUAUGGAAAGUGAAGAAAGAACGCUGAUAGAGAAGAUGUUUGGAGGAAAAUUGAAGACUAACAUAUGCUGUUUGAACUGCAAAAGUAUGUCUCAAAAGGAAGAAGCUUUUACAGAUCUCUCUUUGGCUUUCUGUCCCCCAACUUCCUUGGAGAAUGUUGACCCAAAAUGCAUAGAACAUUCUGAAGUGAAAGAUGACUACAUGGUGCAAAGUAAUACUUCAGCAACCAGUCCUGUUGCAGAAACACCUCUCAGUAAUUUGGAAGUAAAUCAUGGAUGUGACACAAUAAUGAAUGAAGGAACCAUAGAAGAUGUUUCUAGUGAGCCAAGCUCUGAGAAUACCACAAUUUCUGAACUCAAAGUUGAAAAUAAUGGGGAUAUGUCUCAGAGUCUAGUAGGUAAAAAUACCCUGUCAGUUACAGACUUACUCAAUUAUUUUCUGGCACCUGAGAUCCUUAGUGGAGACAACAAAUAUUAUUGUGAAAAGUGUGCCUCUCUACAGAAUGCUGAAAAAACUAUGCAAAUCAUUGAGGAACCUGAAUACCUCAUUCUCACUCUUUUGAGAUUUUCAUAUGAUCCAAAGUGUCACAUAAGGCGCAAAAUCUUGGACAAUGUUUCUCUACCACUUGUAUUGGAACUGCCAGUGAAAAGAGCAACAUCCCCUUUAGCCGUCGUUUCGGGAGGCUGGUCUGUUGGUGUGGAGAUUUCUGAUACUGGAGAAAACCUUGCUAAAAAACUGAAGCCCUCUGGUGCUGAUGAAGUGAUCUGCCCACAAUUGGUGCCCUAUGUGUUGAGCUCUGUGGUGGUGCAUUCUGGUGUAUCCUCUGAAAGUGGACAUUAUUAUUCAUAUGCUAGAAAUGUUACUGGGUCAGGGUCUUCGGGACUCUGCCACCAGUCUACAGCUCUUUCUUUAGUUUCUCCUCAGGAUAAGUUGUUUACAGAGGAGAGUCCUUGUACUGUUGUAGAAAAUGAGCUGGACGCUGAGAUGCCAAGAGAAUGGUUUCUGUUCAAUGACAGCAGAGUGACAUUUACCUCAUUUCAGUCAGUCCAGAAAAUCACCAGUAGAUUUCCAAAGGACACUGCUUAUGUUCUGUUUUACAAAAAACAGAACAGCACCUGUGGCUUCAACACCAAUCCAGCAAAUGGCCUCUGGGUAAAUGGAGACCCUCCUCUACAAAAAGACCUCAUGGAUGCAAUUACAAAAGAUAACAAACUGUACUUGCAGGAACAAGAGCUUAGUGCUCGAACUCAAGCACUUCAAGCUGCCUCGGCCUCUUGCUCUUUCCGACCCAAUGGAUUUGAUGACAAUGAUCCCCCAGGAAGUUGUGGGCCCGCGGGUGGAGGAGGAGGGGUGCAGAUAAUAUUUUUAGGAAUUGGGUGUAAAAGUGCUUCAACAGACACAUCAAAAGACAACACGGGAAAGAGGGACAGUGGGUGAUGACGGAGAAGAGCUGGUACUGAACUGAAAUGGGACAAAUGCAGAAAGGACAGCACGGCUCUGUUCUGAUUUAAAAGUUGCACAUGUUCCACCAAAGGAUACUUUGUCAACAAUGCCUUGUGUUAUCUGAGCCUGAUCCUUCAGAAGUUUCCACUGCACCAUUAUAUCCAUUUAUAUUUUGAAGGAGAAAUAUCUCAGCAGGCUUGUGGAAAGUAGGCUGCUGAGGAGCAUAUUUCAGGUUGACAUUAAAAAAGGGAAUUCAGCAGCAGGAUAUGUGAUUGUGCAAGCAGCAGUAGUAUCAUACAGCAUCCUUGAGGCCAGUGGUCUCCAAACUUUCUGAUUGCACAUCCAUAUCACUAAAAACUCUUGCGUGUGCACCCACUAUGUAUAUUUAUUAAUUUAUAAAUAAUAUAUGUACUACUAUACUAAUUUAUUAUGUACAUACACAGGAGUAGAAAUUGAAAAAGUAUGAGAGAAAAGUGAAAUAAAGACUAUUUUUAAAUUACUUAAAAUUUCAUUUGUUAAUUUUGCAAAAUAUGUUUUCUUCUUGCACCCAAAUGGGCUGUCUCUUGGGGUGCAUGCACCUCACUUUGGAGACCACUUUAGGAUAUAGUCUUGGAAAGAGUUUUAACUUGAUGGGAACAUGUAUCAAAACUGACCAGUUUCUAAUGACAGUUUCUUUUACUCUGUGAAUAUAGACUGUUGUCCUUAACUGUGCUGCAUGACUCAGUUUUGGAUCUCUGUUUAUUCAGAGUUCUUACAAAAUUUGGUCCAAGAGCUGUGAACUGUUUUGCUGUUUGUUUUCCUGCAGUGUGCAUUAAAUGACAAAACAGGAGGUGUCAGCCUUAAGUGGUUUGCAGAAAUGCAAAGCCUUUCCAGUUUGGAGGGGAGGGCAUGUCCCCUGUCAAACACAGGGAUGUGUUAGUACUUGGCUUCAAAGAUUAGUACCAUUUUUGAACCAACUUGCCCUUUCUCAAAUGUUCACUAAAGAAUUGCAAUAUUUAGUACUCAGCCUCUCAGAAGAAAGUAAUUAAUUUUCUUGCUCUAUCUUUCCUGAUGUUUAUUUUACUGAUCUACAGUUGAGACCAUAUUUGCAGUAUGGCUGUGCUUAAAUCUUGUGAACUGGCAUAAAUUUUUAAUAAGAUUUCAUAUCAUUUUUUAAAAAUUGAUGGGGCAAAAAGACUGUACAUAUGUUGGGCUGCAUAAGGAAAUCAAAAUACACAUCUUUUAAAUGUCUCAAAAGGUGUCUCAAAGUAUGUAAGUUUUCUUGUGUUUGACUGGAGAGGCGAUAGAUGUUCUAGUAAAAUAUAACAAUGGUGAUUUGGGAUUUUUUAAUUGUCUAUUUUACCUGUAAAUCUCAGCUUGAAGGAUCUCACACAAAAACAUGGAAAAUAAGUCAUCUGAGAACUCUUGAUGGUCCAGCUCUAUCUGAAGAACAAAGUAGCUGGAUUUGCUGUGUAUUUACAAUGCAGUGAUUAUGACAGUGUUUCAUCUGACUUGUCUUCUCAAUUGGUGAUACUUCAAUCUUCAAAGAAGAUUAAAUAACUUCGAUUUGUUGAAAUAAUAAAGGACAUCAUAGUUGGUUAAAAUGUAGCCUUUCUCAAUGAACAUGGAAGUUAUGGCACAGAAACAUUCAGGCCUUCUGUAAAUAAAGACAUGAUUCUCAAAAGC